CACGCGCAAUCCAACGAGAGCAACGCGAGCGAACUCGAAAGCCAGAGAGCGAGAGGAGACGCAGGAAGCGAGGAGGAGGAGGAAGGGGAGCGAAGGCGCCAUGGCGGACGACAACAGCGUCGCGAAGAUCAUCGGCCUCACCGGCCUCGCGCUCUCGAGCGGCGCCUCCGCUGCCUUGGCUACCGGCGCGUGCAGCUGGUGCGCGCUCCAGGCCUACCGCGAGGGCCGGCUCUCGAGAGGGUGGUGGUGGCUGCGCGUCGGCUCGCUCGGCGGCGUCUCGACCCUGGAGCAGGCGCUGGACUACGACUGCGCCCUGUGCCGCCGCGGCCUGGACCAGCGGGAGGAGGUCCGCACGCUCUCCUGCGACCACGUCUUCCACCUCCGCAAGAGCGCCAAGUGCGAGAACACCAUCGACGGCUGGCUCCGCGAGAACCGCAUGCGCUGCCCGGUCUGCUGCAAGAUCGCCUACCCCGUGCUGCCAUGGAAGCCGCCGCCGGCAUCCGCGCCACCGGCGCCCGCGCGGUCGCCGUCGACGACUGAUUUGGAGGCUCAGCUACCGCUGCCGUCGGCCUUUGUGGCGCGACCGCGGAGGCAACCGCCGCGGCCGCCGUCGGAGUGGUUCGAGGAUACACUACAGCCGCCAUCGCCAUCACCAUCGCCAUCGCCAUCGCAGUAGACAUGCACGAUCGAGCUUGGAUGGAACGGUGCGUCCUGUGGGGCGGUCUGGAUCAGUUCUUCGGGAGCUUUUUCAAGGAUUCUUUCAUCGUUUCUUUUUCUGCGUUGUUGGAACUGAUGGACGGUAGUGCGUCUUGUCUGAUGGUCUGGAUUAGUUCUUGAAAGAUUCCUUCGUUGUUUCGCUAUUUUUCUUUCCUGGAACAGAUCGAGCUUAGAUGCAUUCCUGUUCUUUUGUUCAGAGCUGUUUUUUGUUCACCUCUGAUGUACUAAACAUCUGAAGAAUUUGGUCAAGAAAGGAUUGAGCUUACCUGCGUUUAUGCUCUUUUGUUCAGAGCUGCGUUCACCUGUGAUGUACUAAUCAU